UGUGGUAGUCUAGUGAACUUAUUUCACUUUAGUGGCUCAAGUACAUGCUGGUAACUCGAAAUGGAAAACAUUUUGUCAUUUUAUUCAAUGGAAGGCCUGGAUAGGAUGUGAGUUUCAUAUCUGGUUCACAUCAAAAGGUAAAAAGUAAUUAUACUUUAUUAUUAUUAUACUGUGACUUAUACUUUAUUUAUUUAGUUUUAUUUAUGUAGACUGCAAUCUUCAGCAGAUUUCGAUUUCAAUACAGGCAGGGUACAAUAAGUGAAAGUGGAGUACAGCUAAGAAAAAAGAGAUUUGGUUUCUGUGGGAAGUGAUAAACACAUCAAAGUUGGAAAUGAAGCAUUCUCUCAUAACAAUAGACUUUCUUUGUAAGAGAUUAAAUUAAUCAACAAAGUGAAGCAGAAAGAGUAAAUUCUCUAAAAUGGUGUAAGUAAAACUUGCAAGGAUUUAUUUUCUGGCCUUAUAAAUGAAAGUCAAAACAUAUUACGAAAGCUUUCCAGUGGAAAUGCCUGAUAAAAGAACUUAAUGUAGUGUUUUCAUAGAAUAUUAAAAUAUGUCGAUGGUGAAUUUGGAUUUUUAGAUUUUUUGAAAAAUCCUGUCACAUUGAAAAAUGUGAUUUAUUGAUGUCAUUAGUAAGUAUGCUAUAAAUAAAUAAAUAUUUAUUUGUUUACCUUUAUUUUACCAGGAAGUCCUAUUAAGCUAAAAAAAAAAUCUCUUACAAGAGAGACCUGACCAAGGUAGCAGCCGUAGAAAUUUCACACUUUAUUAUUUCAAGUAAUAUUGAAGCCAUAUAAUACCAUAUAAUUUUUUAAAAUUAAUUUAACAAUCCAAGCAGCCCAGUCCAGCCAGUCUAAUAAUUGAAAAUGUAUAAGAAUUCGCAUCAGUCCAAACUUCAUUCAUGUAAAAUUGUUCUUUUGCUAAGAUAUUCUUCUGUUUAACAGGGUAAUUAAGUAACCCUGCAUGCACACUACUGAGAAAACAAAUGCAGAUGGAGCAGUAUGAUAGUAAGUCUAAUGUAUGUGAAUUAGAUAUCAACUAAGUUUUAUUCUCUAAAGUUGUGAUAAUAAUUGACUACAAGAAAAUAGUUUGCUGUUACAUAGUUGAUGACUGAUAAUCAAUAUUCGGCCGUUUUAAAUGGGAAAAGACAAGUCAAAUCUAAGUUAUUUAGUUUCAAGCAGUGACUGAAUUUAACAUAGAAAACCCUACCAAAUGGGGGGGAAAAAAACCAAAACCUGAUUUGUCUGUCUCUCUAUAUUUUCCUGCAGGGGAGACAUGUACUAUAGAAGAAAGAGCUGCACAAUCAACUGACCACUUAAAAGUUACUAUUGUGGCUCAGGGUGGAAAUGUUUUUGCUCCAAUUUUUCAUAAUGUACAAGGAGCAGGGUGCAUUACCCUCACACAAAGUGUUGGUGGUAAGGCUUACUAUUUUAUAGUUUGAUUUAAAUUACAGUUGUAAAUUAAAUUGGAAAUUGUUGAAUAUAUAGUGACAUUUUACAUGAGACAUAAUAUAUACAGAAAUUGUGAAUGAUUGCUUUAAUGAACCUUUGUGUAGGUGCAAACGUGUCAGAAUGUGAGGCCAGAGAUAUGACCUCUGUGAUGACAGAGUAUAAGGAGUCAAUAGUGUCCAUGUAUGCAUACACUCGGGAAUAUACCUCCUGUCCUGGUGAGCAUGUGCUCCUAGCAGAUCGUUAUGUUGAUCCACUGAUCAUUCAGAGAUACAGAGUGAAGAAAGAGAGAGAAAAAGAAAUGUGCUCCAAAGGAAAGGACUUUUUCAACCUCAGGACAUAUGAUACCAACCAAAGCACUGGUAUUGAUGACUUGUUUAGUCAAGAGGAUGGUCCAAACAAUGAAUGUCCAAAAGCUGUCAUUCUCCAAGGAAAUUCUGGAAAUGGAAAGUCUUUCAUGGCACAAAAAAUCAUUCUGGACUGGGCCAAGGGAGAUCUCUUUGCAGGGAUCUUUGAUGUAGUCUUUCACCUUAGAUGCUCAGAGCUUAAUGCUAUUUCUGGGGACAUAAGUCUGGUGGAACUUCUAAAUUGCAGUGAAGAAAUGACUCAGAUCCUAAAAGAUAAGGAAAAGAAAGUUCUUUUCCUGGUGGAUGGGUUUGAUGAGCUCAGAUGUUCUCUGCCUGAAAGGGCAUUGCCUGUCAGAGUUGAUAUCCAGGCUAAACCUGCUGCCAUCCUGAGCUCCCUUUUGAGGGGAAUCAUGUUAAAAGAGUCCUUCUUGCUGAUCACUACAAGGUCAACAUCUACAAAAAAAUUAGGAAAACUGCUCAAGUGUCCACAACGCUUUACUGAGAUUAUUGGCUUUUCUGAGGAGGGAGUGCAAGAAUAUUUUCAAAAGUUCUUUGAGGACACGGAUCUUUCAAAGCAAGUGCAUGACCAAGUAAAGACACAUGAGGCUCUCUACACAGCUUGCUUCAGCCCUGUAAUGUGCUGGCUUAUCUGCAACGUAUUUAAGCAAAAGCACAACAUGGGUACAAGAAUGACAAGUGGAUUGAAAAGUACCACCUCCAUUUUCAUUGAUUUUGUGUUUAUCCUGCUUGAACAUCAUUGCCAAGAUUUAAAUCAAACUGAACAGUUUAACCUGCUGAAGAACCUUGGCCAGCUUGCUGAAGAAGGAAUGCUUAAAGGCAAAAUCCUAUUUGAAAGACAAUUUGUUCCUGAGGUGAUCUUAAAUCUGGUUGGCCUUCCUUUCCUCUGCACUUUUCACCACAGAGAGGGAACUCAUGUGAAGGAAAUGUUUAGUUUUUUGCAUCUUAGCUUUCAAGAGUUCUUUGCUGCACUCUUCUACAUCUUACUCGACAAGGCAGAGGCUGAGACAAAAAUCAAGCAACUGCUAUCAUCAGUUUCAGAUCUGUUUAAAAUGUCCAAAAAUUCCCAUCUGUUACCAGUCAUCCAAUGUCUUUUUGGACUUUCCAACAAGAAAGUGAUCAACUUAAUCAAUGAAAAACAUCAACACGUAAUGUCUCGAAAAAUUGGUUCCCUGCUGGAGAAAUGGAUGCACACAUUUGUAAAAAAUGAUAUGAUGACACAUUUCAGCAGUUUCACCCUUCACUGCUUGUAUGAGGUGAAUGACAAGAAUGUUGUUAUGAAUAUUAUGAAAAUUUGGGAAACAGGGAGGGCUGGGGUUAAAAUUUUGCUGAGUUCUUCACAGAUGACAGACUACCGUGCAGCAGCGUACUGUCUGCAGUUCUGUAGACGCAUCAGAAGCCUGUAUCUGCGUGCAAGUACAAUGCAGACUCUAAAAAUGAUGGAAACAGCACUGAGCAAAUGUUAUGAACUACAUUUAACAGUGAAUUAUGUGUCAGAUGAUGAUGCAGUCUAUCUGAUCUCAGCUAUGGGAAAAGGAAAACACCUUCAAUGUCUGAGGUUAGAAGAUGGUAGUCUGUCUGACCACAGUGUACAGAUGAUCAUGAGCACUUUGCCGAAGCAAAGAUCUGUUGGUGAUGUUCAUCUCACAGUGAAGGCCAUUAAUCACAACAACACUGAAAUCCUCAUGAACUUUCACAAAUGUCUGAAGGCUUCAGGACAAUUCAGCUUGAAGGUGGCUACUUUAAAGAACCAAGAGGAAAGCCUUUGCUCACAUUUUGCAAUACAUAAUUACAACUUGUACAAAAUAACUAUUAAGCACAAUGUUGUGGAAUCCUCUGUGAAAUGUGGACUGGCUCUUGUGUACCUCUCAGUGGCCUUUGACUCAGUGAUAUCCCACAAUGACAUGAAACAUCUCCUUCGGAUAUCAUAUAAUCUUAAAGAAAUUCCUCAGUUUGAGGAGCAUGUAGAUGCACUUCUGUCUUUCCUCCAUUCUAUACCUGGUUUAACUACAGUGAAGCUGGAUGCUAAAAAUUUGAGUCUGAAAAGUGCUUCAAAGAUCCUCACUUUCUCCCAAAACAGACCCAGUGUUGGACGUGAUUCCAUUCGGUUUGAUGUGGAUAGUCUCAGAGGUAUCAAUGAGGAGGACAUCUGCUCUCUGUCAUUGUUCACAGAUGAUCUUGUUUAUGUGGAUGGUGUGAUACUACAUCUGAAAUUAAAAGUGCACAGUUCAAGUCUUCAGGAUGCACAUGACACUGAAUUCAAAGCAAUACUCCUGCAACUCUCACUGACAUUUCCACCUAUGGAGGGUGCCACUGUUAACUGGGAAGUUUUAUUGAAAAUGAGUAGCCACCUGAUGAAAUCAAAUCAAAGAACAUGUUUCUCCUUGGACAAGCAAAUGAGCACUAUCUUUUCAGUCCUCCAAUCUGUGCCAUCUCUAACGGAGGUUAAGUUACACUUGAGAAGCUUACCUGAGAAUUGGGCAGCUGAAAUGAUUUAUUUUCUCCAGGCCUGUUCUAGUCUACCAUUCUUUGAAUUGAGAGUGGGCAGUGGAGGUGAAACUCUGGGAAUGAUCAGAGGAGAAGCCCUGAGGUCUUCUGACAAAAAUUCCAUACUGUCUUUUGGAUGCCGUCAUUUGGAUUAUCAUGACUAUCACGGCUGGAUAUCAACAACAGGUUAUAUGGCAGGUGAUGUUCACAGAGUGCUGCCCUGUAUCACCCUCACCAUAACAAACAACACAGAUUUCUUCAACAAUUCUUGGACAACAUUCUUCCAUCAUUACAAUCAGCUUAAAGCAAUGACUGAGCUAUGUCCAGAGUAUGAUCAGUGCCUGGACGAACUGUUAUCUGUCAUGAACACUAUUCCUGCUCUGAAAGAGGUAGAGCUGGCACUGAGAUUUUUCACAGUUCAUGUUGCUUCCAGCAUUCUGCACCUUAUUCAGACCUCUUCCAGUCUGUGUAAGAUUGAUGUUAUGCUGUCAAGGCAAAAAAGGAGAGAUCGUGCUGAUGAACAGAAUGCCAGGGAAGACUGGAAAAGUUUCCAGAGUGACGAUGAAGGGGACAGUGUCUAUUCAGAUAUCAGUGACUCAAACAGAUCAGCAGAAUUCAGUUCUGGGAGCUAUGGCACAGAUGUGGAGGAUUAUGGGGACACUGUUUACUUACCAAGACAGCUCAGUUUGAAUUCAGAAAUAGGAAACUAUGACUUGGAUCUCUGCUCAGAGCUAAGAGUAAGGAAAAACGCCAGGAAUGAAUGCAUGUUGUCCUUGAGAUGUAGUGGCUCCAAUCCUGAUACGAAAGCAGUUUUUGCAUACAUUUCAGUUAUUGUAUCUGAAUAUUCAGGGGACACUGAAAUCAACUGGAGUAGCUUCUUUCAGUCUUACUAUGGGACUAAAGGGUUAACUGAGAGUCACACACACACUCACACACCAAUGGUAGCAGAGCUGCCAUGCAAGGCACUAACUUGCCAUCGGGAGCAACUUGGGGUUCAGUGUCUUGCCCAAGGACACUUCGGCAUGUAGAGUCACGUGGGCCGGGAAUCGAACCACCAACCCUACGAUUAGUGGACAACCCAAACCCAUACUUUGCUGAGAAAACAGAUGCCUUGCUGUCUUUCCUGCACAUUGUACCUGGACUGGAGGAGGUGGAAUUUGGCAUACACAGUCUAACAGAGAGCUGGGCUCCUAGGAUCCUCUUUCUCUGUCAUGCAAACCCCAAUAUUUGUAGUAUCCGUCUGCUGUUGGAAAAUGCUCAGCAAAAUGAUGACAGUGCCUGCUCAUCUUUAACCAUUAAAAGAAACUUCAUAGACUCCAUGGUUACUUUGAAAAUCGAUAUGCUAAGCAACACCACUAUACCGUCCCUCAUUCACCUCAAGUUACCAUGUUCUGAGAUCAGCAACCUCGAUGGAGCUGGUCUUCUUUACAGACUGAGGUGCCUUGAGGGUUUAAAUGACACAUCCCAAGAGUACAACAUGCAAUUAAACGAGUUGAUCUCAUUCCUCCGCUCUGUUCCUAACCUUCAGAAAUUGAAAUUGCAGAUUGAGAACCUAACUACAAUCUGGGUUACAAGGGUGCUUUCCUUGAAAACCUGCCACAGUCUUAGAAAGAUCUUGUGAGAACAAGUACCAUGGCUCUUUUCUCUUAUCAACAACUAAACCUGGGUCACCCAGUUUGUGAGGCCUGACUCUUUCUUAUUAUUUUACAAAAGUUUGAAACAAUCUGUAUUUGUGUUUCAGUGUGACUACCUUAUCAUACGACAUGUUAAUGGAGGAGGCAAUCUCAGAACUUAAAAAAAAUUGGACAUGCCAGGACUGUGUUGUGGUUAUUACAGGACUGAGAUGCAGCAACCCUACUGCAAAAUGUUCAAAGCAAAACUGGCAUCAAGAAUGCAACAAAAAUAUGAAACUCUCAUUCUGUGGAGGCCAGUAUUCUGAGGAGCCCUUGAUGUAUGGACAGUGUGAGACAGACAGUGAGAGUGAAGAGAGUAAAUAUUACAGGUUUGAGUGCUAUCCUAAUGUAAUAGAGGUAGAUGAAGAGGAAGAUGGAGAUGUCUUCAUAGAUUGAACAGUAUAUGCUUUUAUGAAACAUAACAGAGAUAAAAAUUAACAUCUCGAUGAAAAAUGACCACUCUAAUGCACACUGCAGGCCAAAUGGAAAAGUGACAUUAUGCAAUUAUCUUUUUCUCUCUCUUUAUGCAUGUACAAUUCUGGAGUUGCUCUGGUGUUUGUGGGCUUUGGAAAAUCACAUUUUAAAAUGUUAAGGAUUAUUUAAUAUAACACUGGAAAAAAAAUCUAUAUAAUAAUACAAAUAAGCAAAUAAGGACCUAAAUAAAUACAAUAAAGACAUGAAGUAUGCAAAUAAAAAAUGUUCUGGCAUCUGCAUUUUACAUUUUAAAAAUCACCACUGCCUCUGAAAUAGUAUCAUUUCUAUUACACUUUGAUUAUACUAUACAUUAUAUAAUGCUUUCUGUACUCUCCUUAACUUUACCUUGGUGUUUUAUAAUAUAAAAAUCUCUUUAAAAUAUAUAGAACCUACUUAAAUAUUUGUCAUUCUUUUUAGGUAAACUGAUUGGUUAAAAUCAUUAUUACCCGUGUAUCUCUUCAGUCUUUCCACAGACAUGAUUUUUAUUUUUAUUUAUUAUUAUUAUUUUUUUUUUACAAUUUAAACAAACAAACAAACAAACAAACAAACAAAACUGAGCAGAAAUUACUGGCUUGCCAAAAGGUGUUCUAUUAAAAUGUUUGUGCCAGGUUUUCUUCAGUUACAAAAACGUAGACUAGAUGUAAAACUUAACAUUGUCUUAACAUUUUAAUAAACUAUAUGACUACAUUGAUACAUCAAAUUAUAUGUUUACCUACGAGUAAUUAUUUAAUGUUAAUAGAGGAAAUGUGAUUUAAGUUCAUGAUACAAUUCAAACAUAUUAAUGUCUCAAACAUAAUUUUCAUUCCAAUAAAAUUAUAAAAUAUAAAAAUAAUAUUAUGAAUAAUAAAAAUAUCUAUUGGUUUUGAGAAAGAAAAUAAAAGUUCUCCAUGUGUAAUCCUGCAGUUUAUUUUUUAUUAGUGUUUAAAGUCGGCAAUAGUUCUUCCCUCGCGUAAUCAUAUUUUGAUCAUGAGUGAUGAGGUUUC